CGAGACAAUGAAUUGGUUGCACGCUUAUAUCUCGUUUUCCUACCGGAAAGGCAAGCCGUACCUCAGUGUCUAUCUACAAACCCUCGAGACCGGAGACUGGCCGCUUCUCCAUCUGAAAUCGACGGGUGCUACCCCGGCACAGCAAACAUGAUCGAUACUCACCAAGAGACUCACUAAGAGCCCCUUAAAUUAUACUUGGGAUAUUGUUUGAAGUGUUCAUUCGAUAGCAAUGAAGAUGUAUUAAUGGGGACCCUCAUUUUAAGUGCGCUAAUACACAAAGAUAAUGUUGCAUUCUACGUACUUUUCGUAUUUCAGUUUAGUUAUAAGACUCGGUGCCAUACAGAAUGAUCCGAAUGAAACUAUGCUUGAUCAAUGAGUUCAUGUUAGGUCUUGGGUUAUGUGUAUGCUGUAUUUUCCAUCUUGCAAUCUUGCUUGGCGACACAACUCGAUUCAUUACACAUUACACCGCUCAAGCACGUUGCCGGACUUGGCGCACAAUUCGGCACUUAUUCUUCAUCACCUACAUGGCACUAUGUGUCCUUCUGCUUGAACUUGAUUUUUGCUUUUUACACGUCUUGCUUUCUUAGAAAGCUCAUCUGCACCUCACUAGGGGCUGUCACAUUUCGUAUUACCGGACCACGCUGUCUCGGAUAGGCGGCCCGCUCGCCGACCCAGUAGCACCUAACCUAGGCAGCUAGGAAGG